AGCUGGUACUACUGUUUGUGAUUUCAAUGUUGAAAAUACCAAUCAAAACUUUAGCUAUGCAAAUACACAUAGUCUAAGGGCUAGUGUUACAAUCAGAAUUGACAAACGGUCAAUCAGAAAUAGUUUCAACUGUUAUAGAAAAUUCUGUGAGUAAUGAAAAGACUGAAAGUACACCAGAGAACGAUAAAAGAGUUAUAGUGACAAAUUGUUGGUUAGUAUGGGAGACCAGAGUAAUACUCAUAAUGAUAUUAAUACGCAUGAGGUUUCACAGGAAUUCAAUUCUAGAUCUGAAAUAAAUCCCGAAUUCCAAGGGAUAAUUCGUAUGACAUCUGAACCUGAAACAGAUGGUGAAUCAUGUCCAGUCGCAGGUAUUACAGAGGGGAUAAAUGGAGUAGAUAUCAUUGAUGCUGUAAUUAUUUAUGCUGAAAAUGACAGACAACUAGCAUUAGAGUUCAUUCAAAAUAUGGAGACAGAAUUCCCAAAAUUACAACUAGAUUUAAAACUUUCCGAACAGUUUGGUAUAGGACGAGGUAUACUUGGAUCAGCACCAGAUCUGUUUAGAACAUGUCGAUUUAUAUUUGUGUUCGAGACAAACAAAAUGGAGCAGGAUAAACUGUCGGACUUCGUGAGACAGAUGUUUUUAUAUGAAUCUAUUACAGUGGAGGAAUUAAACAACAGACUAGUACCAAUAUUGAAUGAUGACUAUUAUAUUUCGAUUCUUAAACCCCUGAUUCAUUUGAAGUACAAUAGAUAUUUGGAGGGCAGAUCUCAAAACAGGACAGAUCAUGGGUUCAUAAAAAGUUUUGAGGAUUUAAUCUUACAUGGGAGGAGAUCGUAUUUGAUAAGAUAACAGUGUGACGAUAAAGUAGAAAUCAUUAAUAUUUAUAAUUACAGUUUUGUAUGUUCAUACUUGACAUGAAUUGUCAUUGAUAUGGUUAUAUUUAUAAAUUUACUGUUUACAAAUGUUUGAAUUUUUUGAAAUACUAAGGCUUUUCUACCUUAGGCGUAGAUUACCUUAGCUGUAAAACUUGGCAAAACUUUUGGGAAUUUUGGUCCUCAAUGCUCUUCAACGUCGUAAUUUAUUUGGCCUGUUUAACUGUGUUGGAUUUGAGCGUCACUGAUGAGUCUUUUGUAGACGAAACGCGCGUCUGGCAUAUACUAGUAUACUAAAUUUAGUCCUGGUAUCUAUGACGAGUUUAUUUGUCUAUGAUAUUCAUAUAGAGCAAAGGUCUGGAUUACAACGAAGAAGUCAGUUGAGUUAUCAUCUUGCAGAUAAGAAUAAAGCACAUUUUGCAGCUUAUCCAUUGGUAUUUGCUGUAUGGGUCUUUCAAUACUUUAUAACUAUUAGUUUGAAUUUUACAAAAUUCAUAUAUAAGAAAUUGUCUCUUUGUUUGUAUUUUAGUUAACCUAGCUCACAUGAACAUUUGAACCUUUGACACUAUUUGUAAACUUUUCAUUCAAAAUCGUUUCCUUUGAAAUUGCAUUAUGGAUUGCAAUCAAAGUUUUUCUGCUUUUCUUCAGAAUGUCUUCUAUGGCGUGUAAUAUUUGAUUUAGCAUGCCUACUUUGGCUUGAAAUAGAACAAGGGGCCAAACAUUGUUUUUUUAAUAACUCAAAUCGAAAAUCGAAGUAAUAAGAGAAAACAAAAGAUUAAUAGUUAAACUGGUUCUAUCUACCCUGUAAAUAUAAAAAUAUA